AUGCUUAUAUCGAUUUUGAAUUUCAUUUUCAUAGUAACAUUGUUUUAUUCGGAACCCGCUGAUUGUGUCAUUAUUACAUUUGAUCCACAACCGAUUCGUUUCACUCUAGCUGAUCUGCCACCACCGUAUGCUACAUCAUAUGUCGUUGUUCAUCCGAAGCCGAUACCUGUACCAGAUGAUCGACAGCUUUUUAUUCCAAAAGGCUUUUCUAUAAAAUUAUCUAUGAGUAGUCUUCAAGAUCCACGUUACCUUGAAUAUACACCGAUUGGUGAUAUUCUUGUUAUUGAAUCAGCAAUAGAUCGAAUUUCAAGUUUAUUGGAUACGAAUUAUGAUGGCUUUCAUGAUCAACGUAUAAUAAUAGCCAAUGAAACAAAUGGACUUCUUAUUCCAUCUGGCAUAGCAUUUGCAAAUGAAUAUUUGUAUUCUGGUAAUCAAUAUAACAUAAGACGUUACAAAUGGGAAAACUGUCAUCAACAGCUGUCUGGCACAGACGAAGUAGUUAUGAAUCAUACUGGAAUCCAUCAUAUUUCACGAACCAUUGUUAUACCAGCAACAAACGAUCACAUGUACGUUGCUAUCGGCUCCGCUUCAAAUGUUGAUAUUGAUUCAUUGCGGUUAGCUUGUAUUCAAAUAGCUAGUCUUGAUGGAAGUAAUCAAAGAACGUUUGCAUCUAGUCUAAGAAAUGCUGUUGGUCUGGUAUUCCAUCCUAUAACAAACGAUCUAUACGCAACAUGUCAAGAACGUGACGAACUCGGCGAUGAACUUGUACCAAAUUUUGUUCACGUAUAUUCAGGAAAAUGA